GCCACGAAAUGGAUGACCGUCCCGUGCAACAUGAUAGGGCUGCUCCGAAACAUUCGACAGAAGAGCAACGUGAUCGGAAUUGCCGCCAUAAAAUUGCAUUGAUACGUAAGCUAAUCGAAACUGACGAUGGGAAAGACAACAAGCUGAAUCUAUGCACCCAGUGGUUGGGUGUCUUUACCCGAGUUGACAAGGAAGAAGCCCACGUUCGCAAUUAUUUGGUGGAUAUAAUGUAUUCACAGUUGAAAAAUACGAAUCGAUUGAGCUCACCCUUCACUGAGAUGGGGACUUGUAAUCGGGAAUUGCGUUCAUUGUUGCGUAUGCGACCGGCCAUGGCCAUGGUAGAUGGGAAUAGUCCCCCGUUGCUUCGGGUUCCGCAGCCCUCGUACACGAAUCUGAACGACAAAAAUAGGGAUCAACGUGGUCGAGUGAAGCACUUGGACACUAUAGAAGCCAAAAAUAUAAGGGAAACGAAGAAACCGUGCCAAGAUGACUUAUCGACACGCCGACACGGAGAUAAUCCUAGAUCUACGCAUGUAAAGAUGCAUUGGAAGCCCGUUGAUGAGCUCUCAAAGCCCAAUGCGCGAAAAUGUGGCGCGGGCAAGGUGGACCAGGGAAAAAGGGACUCUAAAGUUGCCAGAAACGAGUUGUCUAAGGAGCGAAUGAAAAAUCUUGACACGCCACGUGCCAACUUCCACAUGCAAGAGCAAGAGCGCAAGAAGCUACAAAUUCAAGAGCGUAGGCAACGAGAGGCUCUUGACCGACAACGGCGAGAACGUGAGCGGAGUCAGGAGCGUCGACAGCAGGCCGAGAGAAAUAAACAAGAGCAACAACGAAUCGAAACGGAAAGAAAAAGGCUGAAGAAGGAGACACUUGAACGCCAUCGCAAGGUGCAGGAUCGGCGCGAAUAUGAGCGUAAGGCGAUUGAAAGAAGGAAACUAGAGCAGCAGUUGUACGAAAAACGUAUCGGUGAACAGUGGGAAAAAGAGCAAGAAAUGUGGAAAGAAAAACCCAAUAAGGUACGUGAAAAUGAAGGAAGAGAUCAACAUCAACGGUCCAGAAAUCUCAGGCAGAAAAGUCCAAGUCCAAAGGACAAUGCAAAUCUGAUAUUGAUAAGCGAUGUCGACAAUUCAGAGGAGGCUGAGAUCAAGCGAAUUGAGCUAGAAUUGUGUGAGAUUCUCUUGAAGAAGGAUAUACAAAUCAAAAAAAGACUCGAAAUGGAGGAAGAGAAGAGAAAAGCAGAAAUCCGCCAGCAGGAAUUGCGGGCUGAGAAUGCGAGACGAAAAGAAGCAGCAUAUGAAGAGCUGAAGGAAAUGCAUAGAGAGAUGGCCAAACAAAUGCGUGGGAGCCUUCUGAAGGCUGAAGAGGAGGAAAUAAUAAGGCAGCGGGAAUACGAAGUGGAAACAAAAAUAAAGGAAUUGGAGUUGCUUAAAAUGGAAAUGGACGAAAGAGAGAAACGUGCAAGAAUACACCUGGGCGAAGGGCACAAAAAAUUAUACAAACAAGAGAUCGAAAGAAAAGAAGACGAAAUGAAGGUGCAUGAACGACAAAGAGAAAAGAACAGAGAGGAAUGGGAGAGGAAAGAAAGAAAAGAACAGGAACGCCAAAGAGAACAGGAAAAAAGAAUUCGCGAAAAACUAGAGAUCGAAAGAAAGGAAAAGGAAAUUAUAGAAUGGGAGCGACGAAGAGAAAAAGAACGAGAAAAACUUGCCAAAUAUAAAGAAUCCGAAAGGAAGGAACUGGAGCGACAGAAAAGGGAAAGAGAGGAAGAUGAGAAAAAAAUUCGCGAAAAACAAGAGAUUGAAAGAAAGGAAAAUGAGAGGAAAGAACAGGAGCGCCAAAGGGAAAAGGAAAGAGAUGAACGGGCAAGAAAAGAAAGAAAAGAACUGGAGCGUCAAAGAGAAGAGGAAAGAAAACUUCGCGAAAAACAAGAAAUCGAAAGAAAGGAAAAUGAAAGGAGAGAACAGGAGCGAAAAGAAAGGAAAGAACAGGAGCGAAAAGAAAGGAAAGAACAGGAGCGAAUAGAAAGGAAAGAACAGGAGCGUCAAAGAGAAGAGGAAAGAAAAAUUCGCGAAAAACAAGAAAUCGAAAGAAAGGAAAAUGAAAGGAAAGAACAGGAGCGAAAAGAAAGGAAAGAACAGGAGCGAAUAGAAAGGAAAGAACAGGAGCGAAAAGAAAGGAAAGAACAGGAGCGUCAAAGAGAAGAGGAAAGAAAAAUUCGCGAAAAACAAGAGAUCGAAAGAAAGGAAAAUGAAAGGAAAGAACAGGAGCGAAAAGAAAGGAAAGAACAGGAGCGUCAAAGAGAAGAGGAAAGAAAAAUUCGCGAAAAACAAGAAAUCGAAAGAAAGGAAAAUGAAAGGAAAGAACAGGAGCGAAAAGAAAGGAAAGAACAGGAGCGAAAAGAAAGGAAAGAACAGGAGCGUCAAAGAGAAGAGGAAAGAAAAAUUCGCGAAAAACAAGAAAUCGAAAGAAAGGAAAAUGAAAGGAAAGAACAGGAGCGAAAAGAAAGGAAAGAACAGGAGCGUCAAAGAGAAGAGGAAAGAAAACUUCGCGAAAAACAAGAAAUCGAACGAAAGGAAAAUGAAAGAAAAGAACAGGAGCGAAAAAAAAGGAAAGAACAGGAGCGUCAAAGAGAAGAGGAAAGAAAACUUCGCGAAAAACAAGAGAUUGAAAGAAAGGAAAACGAAAGAAAAGAACAGGAGCGGCAAAGAGAAAAGGAAAGAGAGGAACGGGCAAGAAAAGAAAGGAAAGAACAGGAGCGUCAAAGAGAAGAGGAAAGAAAAAUUCGCGAAAAACAAGAAUUCGAAAGAAAGGAAAAUGAAAGGAAAGAACUGGAGCGUCAAAGAGAAGAGGAAAGAAAAAUUCGCGAAAAACAAGAGAUCGAAAGAAAGGAAAAUGAAAGGAAAGAACUGGAGCGAAAAGAAAGAAAAGAACAGGAGCGUCAAAGAGAAGAGGAAAGAAAAAUUCGCGAAAAACAAGAGAUUAAAAGAAAGGAAUAUGAAUGGAAAGAACAGGAGCGACAAAGGGAAAAGGAAAGAGAUGAACGGGCAAGAAAAGAAAGAAAUAAACAGGAGCGCCUAAGAGAAGAGUUAAGAAAAAUUCGUGAAACACUAGAGAUUGAAAGCACGGAAAACGAAACCAGGGAAAAAGAGCGGCGUGUCAUGGAACGGCAAAGAGAAAAAGAAAAUGGCGAUAGAAAAGAAAUAGAACGUCUAGAGCGUCCAAAAGACGAGCAAAGGAGAACAGAAAGUGAAGAGAUCAAUCGCCAGAAACAAGAAAAUGAAAGGAAGAACCAGGAAGAAAAGAACAAACAAAAGAAACACGAAGAAUUCGAACGCCAAAAAGACAAAGAGAAACAAGCAUUUGAGCUUCAGCAAGAAGGUCACGAGAAAGGAACGCAAAGAGUAGAACAUGAGAUUGAACGCCAGAGAGCAAGGCGUGAGAAAAGCGAAAAAGAAAAUCAUAAACGCCAGUUGGAAGAGCAGGCGAGAAGGGCUAGAGAAAUUAUUUUACUGGCAAGACAAAUUUCAGAGGAAACACAACAACAAACUGACAUACAGUCGACCAGAGAACACGAAGCUAGGGAAGAACCAGAACACGAUGAAGUUAUAAUGGAAACUCAACAGAAUAAACAAUAUAAACGGAGGGAUAGACAAGAAAAUCCAUACCAGAUUGGUGAUCAAAAAGAGAAGUACGCAACAGACCCAAAGGUGGAGCUAGAACGACGAUGUCAUGGAGACUAUCGACAAAUAAUGCAGCGGCGAGAAGCUAUUCAAGUGCAGGAGGAGUGGAAAAAAGCCUGGAAUUGCGUUAAUGAAAUGGUGGCGGAGAAGGACAGAUUGGACUGCGAGAUACAAGAAGCGUUUAAGAAACUAGAAGUUCUGAAAACUGGAAUGGACGAAGGGGAUAAUAUAGAAGAGACUGGCACGACUCAGCGCAGUGCUUUAACAGAGUCCCUGCCUCCGCCCGAUGAGUUUUCGGCCAAUUGGCAAAGAGAAAAUGCAACUAAGCUGAAAUUACUUCAGGAUCUGAAAGUGACACUUGUAGAAAAGAGGAAAACCAAUUCAGAGAAGCAUGCCACCCAAAAAACGGAUGAAGAAGCUAAUAAGCAGGAAGCCUUGAACACAAAACCCGAACCUAAAUCCAAAUGGGACUUUAUGUGGUCGCCAAUGCUGCAGCAGUAUAUACAUUUGGAAGAUCAUAUGCCAACAUUGGGCGAGACUCCUAUGAUACCCAGCUCUGAGCUGAAUGAUGAUCAAUUCCUGCUUAAUCCCUAUAGUGAGUCAGAGAUUAAAAUUCGGCGGCAAUUGCAGCGACACUUGCAACACAGAAAGCUUCGACCUCGCCCCAGUUCUAGUCAAGAGUAUUUCCAACCUGUGCCACUUGCCGACAUGCCACAGGAUGAACGUUGGUCGCGUUUCACGGAAGACUAUCAGGAAUCAAGCGUUGACGAAUUCGAAACGCAGACAGAUGGCCCUCGUUCGAUAGCUGGCCAGAUCACACCGCCUAGUUCGGAAGGGUGUCAAUCAUCCCCGUUCUCCCGGAAAUCCUCUCUUCAGUCUUUUGAUUCCCUGCAGUCAUCGAGUGGAGCGGAUCCCAAAUACUUGCUAGCAGGCAGAUAUUGUCCCCAUCAAAAAUCCUAUGUUGUUGAGGAGGAACUAUCGGCUAGGCAAUUGAAUAAAAUUCCACCACGACCCCAUGGAAACACUGAAGAGCAAAUUAACUAUCACGACUGGGUACGUUCUCGUGUCUCGGAAUGGGAACAACAAUUGAAUUUGCAAAAAACCGACGAUGCCGAUAGCCCUCAAGAUGAGGAGCUGGAUAUAAAGCACAAGGGAUCACAGGAUAGACUGUCGUCUGUGUUAACUUAUUGCAUACAAACUGGACGACAAAAACGUAGAAUUUCGACAUGUCAUCAAAAUAUGCAUUCACAAUCGUCACAAAGUGACGAUGAUCGUUCGCAUCUGGCUCAAACGAAUCAGCUUACCGAUGCUGAAGAAAGUCAGGCGUUUGGUUGUCUAUUACAAGGAGAGCUCAGGGCAAGAUGUGAGACACCAGAGAUGGAAAUACGUCACUUAAUGGCUGAAAAUGUGCUAAUGGAGCGUAAAUUGCGUAAUGCGAAGUGGCGGCAAAAGGAUAGCCAAAUCAGAAAACACAUGGCACAUCAGGCCAUUAGUGUAAUACGGCUUUUUCAUAGACAGCGUCGGGCUACGCAAUAUUGUGAUGAACAGGAGGAGCCGGAGGAUUUCGAGAAUUUUAGUUACCAGAAUCAACGGGAACAUCUGGUUAAUUUGGUGCACCAGAAAGAAAUUCAAAAUUUACAUUUAUCUUUCAAUAUAUUCCGCAAACUCUCCACACCUCUUAUCGAUGGCAAUGAGGUCAAUGCUAGUUUUAAUCUUCAACUAGCGGAACUAGAUACCCAACUGGAGUCUCAUUUGAAGUCAGUGUUGGGAAAACCACUCAAACGGCAAAUGGAGCUAAAAGCUGCUAAUUAUCAACGACAACGAGAGCAGGAAGAGAAUGCCCGUCUAGUGGCCACUUGGCGGACAAAUGAACAAUUGCAACGUAAAAAGAAGCAUUUGCCCAAACAUUGCUUUCGCCUCGUGCAACGUCUUUUCAACGAUCACUGCGAUAUGAGCCAUGGUCCGGCCAGAGAGGCUCUGCAGAAUAUUAGUAAAUUAUAUAACAACUGGCAGCAACACGUCAAUCGAGUGAAUCCCAAAGAAACGCCAAAAGCUACACGAAGAAAACACUAACUAUCCCACCAAAGGAAGAAACAGAGGCAGGGAGGGGUAGGAAUUUUAAUUAUACUCACUUAUAUCGUCAUCGUCAUCGUCGUCGGCCUGCAUCAGUGUUUGCUUUCUGGUUACGCGUCAGCACUGCUGCAAAAGUUUUCUUUUUUUUUUUAUUUUGUGACCUCAUACACGGGAUGGCUGAAAUCACUUUGGAUUGGGUCGGGUGGCACGGGCCAGGUCGCUUAUUCACUUCUUGCCUCUGUGUCAAUGUUGAUUUUUGCUACUUGCCAUCGCGACGAUGCUUGUCGUAUCUUCGACAACUAAAGUCAAACUCAAUUUAACAACAAAAAACAAAAAAAAAAAAAAAAAACAGGAGAAGCAGGGAAAAAAGCGAAAAAACCAGAGACCCCGACGUAAAUGUAAAUUGAAACUUGUUUGCGAGCCGUGAGUAAACUUUGCUUGCCAGACUACUGCGAUGCCACUUCACAUGUGCGCACAUACACACACAUACACAUACACAUAGUGCACCUGCAGUUUCAUCUCCAUUGGCGUCUCCUGUCCAUAGUCAAUCCCCUCAUGUACUUGAAGGAGUGAAAGUCUACUCCGACUGGAAAGUUGCCGUCUGUGCGUUAAAAAGCAAUUUCUUGACUUGCAUUGGCCCUUCACCUAUUCCCCCUCCCCCCGCAGAAUGUCUUCGUGUGUUUUACCUCCGUCAGCAAAUUUGGUUCGUUUUUAAUUCCUUUUAUUAUUGUAUUUUUACAAUCAUUUUUUUUUUCGUCUGCAUAAUAAAUGAUGUCAAAUUAA